AUGUCCAAUGAGCACGACGAAUUAUUACGACGCCUUCAAAACCUGGAGACGUUAUUGCAGCAGCAACAUUCAGCACCUGUAGCAGCCCAUGUGGAUCCCUACCUUACUCCACGACCAACUACAGUUGAUCUGCAACCUUACGAUGAAUUCUAUGAUGUUCUUUCUGACGCAGCUGCUGAUUUCUUUAGAUCACCUCUGUCAGAAGCCGACUGUCGCAAAUUCCUCAAUCUCUGUCCUUCCAACUCGGACCGACGUUAUCGUGCACCUGUUUUACAACGUUCUGUCAAUGCUAGAUGUUGUGUAUAUAAUGAUGUAUUACAUAAUAUCUUAUAA